UAUUAUAAAAUUACUAAUAUUUUUAAAAUAAAAAUAAUUGUUUUUUUCAUUAUAAAAUAAUGUUUAGUUUAAAAGCAGUAAUUCCAAAUUCGGUUUCAAACUGUUUGAGACACUCUAAUAAAAUUAUUAGAACUUUAACAACAAAAGAAGUACAAGAUUUAGAAGAUAAAUAUGGAGCACAUAAUUAUCAUCCGAUUCCAGUUGCAUUAGAGCGGGGUAGAGGUGCACAUGUUUGGGAUGUUGAAGGAAAACGUUAUUUUGAUUGCUUAAGUGCAUAUUCAGCUGUUAACCAAGGGCAUUGUCAUCCUAGAAUUGUUAGAUCUUUAAUUGAUCAAUGUCAAGUAUUAGCUUUAACUUCAAGAGCAUUUUAUUCUGAUCAACUUGGUAAAUAUGAAGAAUAUAUGACAAAAUUAUUUGGUUACGAAAAGCUAUUACCUAUGAAUACUGGUGUUGAAGCAUGUGAAACCGCCUGCAAAUUAGCACGCCGUUGGGGUUAUCACAAAAAAGGAAUACCAGAAAAUCAAGCACAAAUUAUUUUCGCAGCUGGAAACUUUUGGGGAAGAUCAUUAUCAGCUAUUUCUGCAUCAACAGAUCCCAGCAGUUAUAAAGAUUUUGGACCAUUUAUGCCUGGCUUUGAAAUAAUACCAUAUAAUGAUACUGAUGCAUUAGAAAAAAUUCUCAAUAACAAUCCAAAAGUGGCAGCUUUUAUGGUAGAACCAAUACAAGGUGAAGCCGGUGUUAUUGUUCCGUCACCGGGAUAUUUAAAGAAAGUUCGUGAAAUAUGUACAAAAAAUAAUGUUCUUUGGAUAGCUGAUGAAGUUCAAACUGGUUUAUGUAGAACAGGUCGUAUGUUAGCUGUUGAACAUGAAAAUGUCAAACCAGAUAUAUUAAUUUUGGGUAAAGCUUUAUCUGGUGGAAUGUAUCCAGUAUCUGCUGUAUUAGCAAAUGAUGAUAUUAUGUUAACAAUUCGUCCAGGUGAACAUGGUUCAACAUAUGGUGGAAAUCCGUUAGCCUGUAAGGUAGCAAUGACUGCAAUGGAAGUUUUAAUUGAUGAAAGAUUAGCUGAAAAUGCUGAAGAAAUGGGUAUCUUAUUUAGAAGUGAAUUAAGUAAGUUACCAAAGGAAAUUGUUAAAGAUGUACGUGGAAAAGGAUUACUAAAUGCAAUUGAUAUAGAUCCGAAAUUUAAAGCAUAUGAUGUAUGCUUAAAAAUGAAAGAUUUAGGUCUUUUAGCUAAACCAACACACGAUACAAUUAUUAGAUUGGCACCACCACUUGUCAUUACUAAAAAUGAUGUAUAUGAAAUGACUGAUAUUAUUAAAAAAGCUAUAAUGACGUGCCAAUAAAAAUAAUAUGUAAAUGUGUCGCAUUCGUUGCGUUAUUGCAAGUCUGAUUUUUCUUAUCUGAAUAAUUUAAAAUGCAAACAAGUGUUACAUUCGAUAAAUUUAUUCUUCCCAUCGUAAUCAUGACGCUACAACAACAAAAAUAUGCAAGACAAAUUGAUUUAAGUUGAAUAUUUACUUUAAGUUCUCUUAUAACUCUUAUCUAAUAAUAAUAACAAAUAAUUUUAUACGAUAAAUAAUAAAAUUAAAAAUAAAUUUAAGUUAAACAGGUUUAUAAAAAGAAAAGUUAAGUUGAAUGAAUAAAAUAAUUUUGUAAUUAAAUUUCAAUAAGUAAUAAAAAAAAUAAA